CACAGGGGCACUAAUAAUCAGUUUCUGAUCAACUCGUGCGCCUCGUUGGCCGCCCUGUACUCGACCAGUCCGCUAGAGUACCACCAUUUCAACCAAACGGUGUCCAUAUUACAGCAAAACGGAAUGAAUAUAUUGAAAAACAUGUCGUCAGAGGACUAUAAGACUGUUUUGGCGAAUAUUAAACACUAUAUUCUGGCCACAGAUAUGGCUAAGUAUUUCGCUAAUAAGAAAAAGUUGGACACAAUUGCCAGCAACGGGGUGUUUGACUGGUGUAACCCGGAUCAUAAAUUAUUACUGUCAUCCCUGGCCAUGAACGGGGCUGACCUGAACUCGACAGCCCUUCCCUGGGCUGAGACCCGCGUGAAGACCAAAGAGCUAUUCGAGGAGUUCUACGCGAUGGGCGACAGCGAGCGCCAGGCGGGCCGGGAGCCCAUCGCCCUCAUGGAUAGGCUCAAAAUAGACGAACAGCCCCGCACUCAAGUGGAGUUCCUUGAUAACAUAUCCAUACCGUGUCUCAAGUUGCCUGGUCACUAUUAA